UGAAGUGACGUAAGCAGAGCGUUGUGAUAUAUAAUUAACACAACAGGCAGGGACAAGGCUAUAGCUUUCCGUAAACAAACGCCUUACUCGUGUUGUGUGAACCUCACAACAACUUGGUAAUUCUCUUCAGCUGCCGGUAGAAGUGUUGUGGGCGACAUUAGUUAGUGUGCGAACUCUAGUGCUAAUUCGUAACUUUGCUACAUAAACGAGCGAAUGAUCUCGAUAAGUGUAUAUUGUUAGCUAAACUGAAAAUAAGUUACAAUAAUUCUAGUCCGAGAGACUGAUCUCUUCACAACAGUGAUGACGUAAAAAAUGUCAUCAAACAGCGCCUGAAAGAAGUAUCGUUACUUGACAGUUUGGACAGUGUGUAUAGGAAGGACGCAGUAAUCUUGGAAAUCAAGAAACUAUUUACUGAAGUCAAGAUACAAUCUGUUCAACUUCUAAUCAGGAGAAGACCCAAUCUGAAAAAACUUCAAACAAGGCCUUAUUUGCUGGAGCCCAGAUUGUGGGCGAACUGAAAGAGGAGACUGGAGUCCUUGGCCAUAUUCAGCAUAGCAUGAGGUUAUCUGACCAUUUAAACACAACACCAGAAGAUCCAGAAGACACUGACCACCAAGAAAAAGAAUAUAAGUGUGAGAAGUGUCCGAAGACUUUUAACUGGAAAAGUAAUUUGAUUCGUCACCAGGUGUCACACGACGAUUCUCGUAACUAUAUGUGUGAAAACUGCAAUAAGGUGUUUACAGACCCCAGCAACUUGCAACGUCAUAUCCGUUCCCAGCACAUUGGAGCCCGUUCUCAUGCCUGUCCAGACUGCGGAAAGACCUUCGCGACCUCUAGUGGCCUUAAGCAACAUAUGCACAUCCACAGUAGUGUGAAGCCGUUCCGUUGUGAAGUUUGCUUGAAAGCUUACACUCAGUUUUCUAACUUGUGUCGUCAUAAAAGGAUGCACGUGAACUGUCGAAUGCAAGUAAAAUGUUACCAGUGUGGACAGAGUUUUCCCACUGCCUCGUCUUUGUCCAAACAUAAAAGAUUCUGCGAAGGAAGUGUUCUACAGCAGGAUGACAGUGUCGUGCCUGAGAAGUCCAACUAUCUUCAAAACCCAGAACUAUCCUCAAACGUUUUAAAACCAUCACCCGCAUCAUUACCGUUCUACCACAAGCAGUUGUAUCUCAAUUAUCCUCCGACUAUUAUGGGAUACCCCAUGUUUUCUAUGCCGCCAGUGUCUCCUUUUCAUUCCUUGUUACCUAAUGACCGACUCUCAACAGCAUUUAACACUUUUCACCUUAACCAGCUUCAGACUUAUAAUAACGUAUCAGGAGAAUCCGACUUGACUCCACACGAGUCCAAUUAUGAAAGCAAAGACUCCGAAAUAUCAGAAGACCAGAGGUCAGAUGGUGAAGAUAUAUCCGUGUCUCUGAGCGAAGAAGAAGAAGAGGAAGAAGAGAACGAGCAAUUAUUUGACAAUAACAAUUGCCAUUUGAAAUCUGACUCCAACACUGGAAACAUCAAAGAGCCUAUUGCAUUUCAUAAAAGGUAUCAACAGAUUAAAAACUUGAACCUUCCUUGUCAGUUCUUUCCGCCAUCGAAUAAAAAAUUAAAGUUAGAAGAGAACACGUCAACUAAUGACGUUUCGUCUGUGCCUUUUGAUUUAAGUAAAUCUUCUACUAAGAAGUGCAAGAGUGACACAAAACAAGAAAUAAAAGACUUUAAUACUGAGCUGAUUAGUGACGAACCGCUUGACUUACGGGUAACAACAAGUAAAGAAGUUUCAGAUAUUUCUAAUGAUAAGAUUAACGAAACAGAAACCGAAGCUAUGAAUUUAAAGAAAGAACCUCAAAUGACAGAGGCGAAUGGAAAAUCAUUAAAUAUAUCAUCGAAAAAUAACGAUAAAUCGCCAAUUACUGCGACCGCAGCAAACGUUGUGAGUUCAUCUCACCAAAUACAACAAACACAAAAUGUUCUACCUCAAUUUUCAAAUUUAUUGGGACCUCCUUCUGUUAGUAUUCCUUACCGAGGUCCACUUUUUAACCCUCGUUUCACGAGUGGCGCUUUUAAUCCUUUUGGUUAUAUUCCUUCCUAUUUCAACCCAGGCAAAGGAAUUCUGGAAGAUAUGAGUCCUUUAUUAUCUAGGAAACACAAAGAACGUUAUUCCUGCAAGUUUUGUGGUAAAGUGUUCCCUCGCUCGGCCAAUCUCACUCGCCAUCUUCGGACCCACACGGGAGAACAGCCGUACAAAUGUAAAUACUGUGAAAGAUCGUUCAGUAUUUCUUCCAACCUUCAGCGCCAUGUCCGUAACAUCCACAACAAAGAGAAGCCCUUUAAGUGUUCGCUGUGCGAUCGAAGUUUUGGACAACAGACCAAUCUGGAUCGACACUUAAAGAAACACGAAUCAACGUUAUUUGAUGCAAGCCUCAAUGAAGUCGAAGAGGAAGAAGAAAUGAUAGAAGUAAAAGACUCUCAGAUCACUGCAGACUCCCCCAAGAACAAUCAUCCAGCAUUGCCUUUUACCAGAGAACUAAGAGGAGGUGAAAAGGGUCAAUCCUCAGAAUCUCUCUGCUCCACAAACUCCGAAGAAGACCAAGAAAUGGAAACUUUUAGCGAAGAUGGUGAACUAAAAGGUCCUUUAGUUUCUUUAGAAACAAAGCCAGAGUCCAAAUCCAUUCCAAUUAGUAGUCCUCUCUCCUCUAGUUUGUCAUGGAAAGUGACCACUAAGAAUACGACUACAGCCCAAAGAUUACAGUAUCAAGAGAAAGGUGUUGUUAGUAACCAAGGUGUUGAACUUACAACGAAAACCCGCACAGAGGGGCCUUACGCCGCAACUGGAAAGAGUUACAUGGUGAUGGUUUAAUCUAGAAGGACUCGUUUAUCCAUCACUAAUUUAUUUUUUUUGUAAUAUACAAUCGUAUUCACGCGAUGAUUGAUUUUCAAAUGACUUGAAUUGACACUUUGAUAAUUUAAAAUUCAUUAUUUUCACCUUGACGAAAGUUGUGCCUGACCAAAGACUACAUUUUUUAAAAUCUUUUCUCUAGUCUUGUUUUUCGUCGAUGUAAUUCAUUUCUGAGUACUUUUUUUUUAUCUUGUAGAAGUGUUUGUAGUGACUUGACGUUUGAACCAUUUAAUGUACAGCGGACCGUAUUUCCAAGCUGAUAAUAGAUUUUUUUAAUCGAGAUUAAUGUAAAAAAUUUGUUUGAUUAUUCUUUCAAUAAACAAACAAACAUAUAAAUAA